UACAUGAUUUUAAUCCUAACUAUAAAAUAAUCUUUGAUGUAAAUAGUAAAGAUAGUUCUGAAGAAGAGAAUAUGUUCAUGGAUCCGAUUAAAAAAAUUAAAUUACCAUUACGUGGUUGUAUAGGUGUCGUUGUAUGGUGGCAGAACAGCGGACCAUUGCAAAGAAGUGAGCCUACUGAACACACUAUCUUUUCAACGAAUUCAUUACGUCGCCACACAACUGUUCAAUGA